UCAAAUGCUACAAUAAUUCGAAUGAUAACAAAAUGAUAUAUAAAUUGUUACAUUUUUUUAUAAACUAAAUAAAACUAUAUAAAAUAAUAAAAAUUAUAUAAAUCUCUAUUUAUUGAUAGAUAAAAUUAAAAUAAUAUAAAUAUCUAUGAAAAAACAUUUUUUUAAUUAUGACAUAUGUAUAUUCAUUAUAAGGUCAUAAAAGAAAAUAUUUACAAGCUCGAUAUCAUAUAUCUUUUGUUAGAGAUUAAACGUUAUAAUUACUAUUAUCUUCGAUAUUUAUACCAUAAGGAUUAAUUAAAAGAGUUAAAAUAAUGGACACUCAGAAAAAUAUCAUUGGAAAUGAUAGAGAAGCAGAAGAUUCAAAAAAAGCGAUAGAAUCAACAGUUAUAAAGUUGUUACGUACACAAGAAUAUACUUUGAAUGCUGUUAAUAAUUAUGGUGAAAAUUUAUUACACAUUAGUGCAGCAUAUGGGUGUUCUGAUAUCAUUAAAGAAAUUUUACAGAAAAAAGAACAUCAUCAAGUUAUUAAUAGAAAAAAUAAAUUUGGUUGGACACCUUUGAUGCAAGCUAUUCGAAAUAGAAAUAUUGAUACUGUUAAAUUACUUUUACAACAAAAAUCAAAUGUAAAUGAUUCAACUUAUCUUGGAAUGUCAGUAGUUGGUAUAGCUUGUGCAAUAAGUAAAGAAAUGUUGCAAAUGAUAUAUGAAAUUUGUCCGUCUACAUUAAUAAAUGCAGUGAAUGAUGACAUUAGUCCACUAUGUAUAGCUGCAUUGAAAAAUGAUAAAGAUUUGUUUUUUUCUUUGAUUGAUAUGGGUCUAGAUGUUUCUAAAGCCAAUGAAUAUACACACAUUAUGAUGAAACAGUCGACAGUACCAGAAAUAGCAAAGUUGGCAAGAUGCUAUGGUGAAAUCGAGGAUUAUUGGAAUGAUGAAUCAAAUGACAUUCCAAUAAAAAAUGAAUCAAACAAUAAUGAUACUAUAAGUGAAUAUAAAAAUAAAUCCCAAUAUAUUGUACAAAUGCUAAAGGAUUUUAAUAAUAAAGACGAUAUUUUAAAUAACAACGACGACAAGAAAAAUAAUAAUAAUAAUAUCCCUUUAAUAAAUAUUGGUACAUAUCAUACUGAUACAAGUAAUCAAUCUAAUUUAAUGAAAACUCUGGAGAGUAAUUACAAAGAAAAACAUUUAGAAUGUCUUAGUAUUAACUUGUUAUCUGCAGCUACAUCAGAACCAAGUCUAAUAUCACCUACUUUCUUAGACAUUUCUAACACAGAAUUUCCUACUUCUCCAAAUAUAUAUUUUGUGAAAAAUUGUACAAAUUUAGCCACCAUUAAUGAAAAUGAUGAAAAAAAUCCAUUUAUGACAGAAACUGAAGCAGAAUAUAAUAAAUUGCUAGAAUUCUGUACAUCUACAAAAGAUUCAAAACAUUCACCUACUGUAAUGCUUAAAAGAUUACAGUCUAUACGACCAGCAGACUUAGACCUCACAUCUGUUCAAAAUGAUCAUAAUACUACCCUUGAAUUUAUACCAGAAUUUAGUCCUACACAGUCACCAAAUGUUCCUGAAUAUAUUAAUGAUGAAAAUGUAUCUGGUGACAAAACACCUACACCUCCACGUUACAGAACUCCACCAAGAGGAAUGGUUCUAAAUUCACAACAAACUAAAAUGAUUGUUUUUUUAAAAUGCUAUGGUUUAUGUCAUCACAUGUCUACAUUCCUUAAAGAAGAAAUAGACAUGGAUCUUAUUCUAAUGCUUUCUGACAAUGAUUUACAAGAAAUUGGAAUAAAAGAAGAAGCUGAAAGGAUAUCUAUAUUAACAGCUAUAAAAACAUAUCAAAGUAUUGAAAUGUAAUAUAGAAA